GUAUGUGUGUAUGUCUUUGACUGUAUGUUUGUGCCUGUGUGUGUUUGUGUGUCGCUGUGUGUGUGUGUCUGUAUGUGUGUGUGUGUGUGUGACUGUGUGUGACUGUCUGUAUGUCUGUGACUUUGACUGUGUGUUUGUGACUGUGUGUGUGUGUCUGUGUGUGUGACUGUGUGUGUGUGUGUGUGUCUGUGUGUGUGUGUGUGUGUGUGUGUGUGUGUGUGUGUGUGUGUGUAUGUGUGUGUGUGUCUGUGUGUUCAGGUCUGCAGCAGGAGCAUGUGGAGGGGGGGGGGUCAGAUGGAGGACAGCACCACCCUCAUCGUCAUGGAAACCAAGCAGGAGAACAGCUAUGGCAGCAUCACCAUGAGUGCACCUGUUCAACCUCCAGACCGGAACGUGUUCAGCGACAGAGCGACUCGAGUCGAUUACGUGUUGGUGUGGGAGGAGCCUCGGAUCUCCCAGAACGAGCAGAGUGUCGGUGUUAAUCCCGCCCACCGGAAGUGGAGGGAGGAGUUUCUGGGGAAACUGAAACUCUGUGGGCUGCUGCAGGAACAGAAGAUAGUCCAUCAGACAAAGAUUAGGAUUUGUUUCGUCCUCCUCAGCGCUCCAUGGAGCGUCCUCUGUUAUUACGCCGAGGAGAUCAGUCUGAGAGUCCCUCUGCAGGUGGUCAACUCCCCAAACAUGUCCUGGUCUGAGCAGGUUCUGUCCUGGUUGUCCCUCCCUAACCCUCUGUCCCAGGAUGUCCCCAACCCCCCACUGUGCUACUACACCUGUCAGUUCAGGCCCAACAAGCUGCAGAGGUUUCUGGGAAGCGACAACAAAGAGACGUUUUUCAAGACGACUCAGAGACACCAGGUGCUGUAUGAGAUCCUGGCCCGGACCCCGUACGGUUCCGUGAACAGGGGGCGGGUGGGAAUCGACCGCCUGCUGAGCGAGCAGGUGUUCACGGCUGCGUACCCGCUGCACGAGGGGGCGUUCCAGCUGCCGGCCCCCCCGCUGCCUCCCCAGGCCUACAGCCUGAGACAGGUCCUGUACUGGCACUGGGCCCGCUGGUCCUGCUGGAGGCGCUACCAGCCCCUGGACCACAUCCGGGAGUACUUCGGAGAGAAGAUCGCUCUGUACUUCGCCUGGCUCGGUUUCUACACGGCUUGGCUGUUACCGGCGUCUCUACUGGGAACACUGGUCUUCAUGGUGGGAGUUUGUCUGAUGGUCACUGAUGUCCCAGCGAAGGAGGUGUGUGACAGUGGAGACGGCUUCGUCAUGUGUCCGACUUGUAACAUCUGCUCCUUCUGGAACUACUCCAGCAUCUGUGUCACCUACAAGGCAGGUAUCCUGUUUGAUAAUGGAGGGACGGUGUUUCUCAGCGUCUUCAUGUCCCUGUGGGCCGUCACCUUCCUGGAGUACUGGAAGAGAAGCUGCUCGUCUCUGUCUCAUCGGUGGAACUGCUCCGACUUCGAGGAAAACGAGGAGCGACCUCGUCCAGAGUUCACCGCCAUGGCACCGAUGACCGUGAGGAACCCGGUGACGGGCGCAGAGGAACCUUAUUUUCCUGAAAACAAACGAUUCAACAGAACGUUGAGCGGCUGCAUGGUCAUCAUCAUCAUGAUUGUGUUGGUGCUGAUGUGCCUCAUCGCCAUCAUUCUGUGCCGCAGCAUCCUCAGCAUCCUCAUCUACAAGUCCAGAAACAGCUUCUUCAGCCUCUCUGCUGGGAGAAUAGCCAGUUUGACAUCGUCAGUGUUGAACCUGUUGGUCAUCCUCAUGUUGUCCAGGGUUUACACGGCUCUGGCCCACAUGCUCACCCGCUGGGAAAUGCAUCGCACUCAGAGUAAGUACGAAGACAUGUUCAUCCUCAAAGUUUUCAUCUUCCAGUUUGUCAACUUCUACUCGUCUCCGGUUUACAUCGCCUUCUUCAAAGGCAGGUUUGUUGGUUACCCUGGAAACUACAACACUCUGUUUGGAAUUCGUAAUGAAGAUUGUGGAGCAGGAGGGUGUCUGGUUGAACUGGCUCAAGAGCUGCUGGUGAUCAUGGUCGGAAAACAGCUGAUAAAUAACAUCCAGGAGUUCAUCAUCCCGAAGUUAAAGGCCUGGUGGCAGAAGAGGAGGAUGAGUCCAGUGCAGAGGGAGGUGAAGGAAGAUGGAGGAGAGGAGGCUCAGUGGGAACAGCACCAGCAGGGGGAGCUCCCUCCCUGGGAGGCCGACUACCAGCUCCUGGUGUGUGAAGGUCUCCUCAGCGAGUACCUGGAGAUGGUGAUUCAGUUUGGGUUCAUCACCAUCUUUGUGGCGGCUUGUCCUCUCGCUCCUGUCUUCGCGCUCAUUAAUAACUGGGUGGAGAUCCGACUGGAUGCACAGAAGUUUGUUACUGAAUAUCGCCGCCCUGUGGUGGAGCAAGCUCAGGACAUCGGCAUCUGGUUACCCAUCAUGCAGUUCAUCACACACACAGCUGUCCUCAGCAACGCGUUCCUCAUAGCGUUCACCUCGUCCUUCCUGCCUCGUCUGUACUACCGCUACACCAGAGACAGCACACUGAGCGGCUUCGUCAACUUCACAUUGGCAACGUCCCACAACUACACCCAGCAAGGCAAGAGCACCUCCUGCAGGUAUCAGGGUUUCAGGGAUGAACAGGGUCAAUACCUGCCUCAUUUCUUUCACCUCCUCGCCAUACAACUGGCUUUCGUUAUCGUCUUUGAGCAUGUGGUCUUCUUCAUUGGUCGUCUGAUCGACAUGAUGGUCCCCGACGUCCCUGAGGAGGUGGAGAUGAAGAUUAAGAGGGAGCACUACAUGGCUAAAAGGGCCCUGGCUGAGAACCGGACUGUGACGGACACCAUGUUUCCUGGUGAACAAGACCCUCUGUCCUGCAGUCUGAGACAGCGUGGAUCUAGACCCUUGCAACCAAUACAGAAUGAGUCCCCACCACCGAACUUGAAGAAGAUCCCAGAGGAAACUGACUCCUGAGGCAGCUGCUAAGAUGAAGCAGUGGACUCUGUCCUGGAUGUCUUCCUAUUACCUCACCAUCCACUUUGAAAUGACUGAGCUUCUCCUUCUGAUUGACCUUCCUGACAAAACCUCUGUGCGACUUCCACAAGUUCAACAAGGACCCUGUUAAAUCCUCACAGGUCCUUCAAGAACUUUGCAGGACCUAGAAGAUAGAGAAGAUGUAGAGCUACAAGACCAUUAUGGAUCUACAGUUGUAAUCAGAAUUAUUCAACCCCCUCACCUCAAAAUACAUUAUAGUGAUGUUGAUGACUGAUAAUGACAGAAGUUGACUUAACUUUGAAGUUCAAAUGAAAAAUGUAACUCUGUUAACAUGUGUGCAUGUUCAGUAAUAUUCAACCCCCAGCUUCAGGACCUUGAGGAGCAUCCUCUAACUUUUAUAACUUCUGAAAAAUGUUUUCAGUAAGUGUGGUCAAGCUUCUCACACAUCUCGAUCAGAACCUUUGCCCAUUUUUCACGUGCCUCAGGCUCAGUGAUGUUUGAUGGCUUCCGUGCUGCACCUGCCUUCUUUAAAUCCCACCAAAGAGUAUAUAUAUAUAUAUAUGCAUCCCAGCUGAAAUAAAUGAAGGAGUAUUAUAGAGUUCCCAGAGGCUUAAUUAUGUUUCAACUCCACUUUAGGUCAUAAAAACUGUCAGACAGCUUUAAAAACUACAAUAUUAUAUCAGGGUUUAAUAAUUAUGACAUGGCUCAUAACAGAAUAUACUGUUACACACAAAUACUACAUCAUGCAUUUUCUGUGUGGAUUUCAUGUAUCACUCAACUCAGAAGUCAUCUGAAGCAGAAUCUUGAUCUUUGAAAAAACUGCAAUUGAUAAAUCCUUAAAAUCUUUGGGGGGGUUGAAUAUUUCUGAUUGCAACUGUACAACAACAAAAACACUUAUUGGACCUCUGCUCGACUUUAACUAGACCUGCAAGACUCCUUAUUGUCUACUAAAUCUACAUGUGUUGUAAUGAAUAUCUACACAUCCUACAAGAGAAAGGGCAAAUAGGACCUAAAUGUAUGUGACAGCUGCGCUAGAGCUAAGUGAUGUCAGUUAACUUGAAGCAGAUCUCCAUAUCACAUCUGCAAGACCUCUGCUCAACAUCUACAAGAACAACAAGAGGAUCAGUCCUUGUCCUUUAAGAACUCCAUAUGAGGCUCACGCAAGAUGUUUCCAGGUUCUCUGCAAGAACUUCAACACAUUUGUUAGAGCAUCACACAAUCUAAGAGUCCUGUUAUAUCUGUACAAAUUCUUCAGGAUCUCUCAUAAAGUUACUGUAUGAACUACUCUGCAGGAGCAAAAACUCUGUCCUUUCAGAGACUACCUCCUUGAUAUAAUGCUCACAAGUGCAUUUAAAAACUUCCCUUCCCUUUAAAAAUGUUUCUCUUUCUCAUUUGACUGUUCCAGAUCUCUCUUCUUCUCUUCUCUCUAGAGAGGGAUUCUAUUUCUUGGCUAAAAAGCGAAUCUACUUUUCAAUAAACAUUAAUUUCAAAAACAAAUUUACCCAGAACAUGAUGUUUUAGAACCCUAACCCUAGUGUAGUUAUUAAUGAUAUUUUGAGCAACUUAUUUGUAUUAUCUUUUGCCUCCACUUGAUGAUCCUGCUGAUAUGACUUGGAUCACUUUGUACACUGUGUUCCUCUCCGUGGAAGAUAUAACCAAACUGCCAUCUGGCUAUAACUUGUCCAUGAAAACACUCUUACAUGCAAGUUAUGAUCAAGUCGGUGUAUGCACAUAACCUUUGUAUGUUUUACGUUCACCAUCUUAACUGCUAACUCAUCCUACUGUUUUUAAUGUAUUGCAUAGUUUCAUGCUGUUUCACUAUACAUUUAUAUUUAAUAGUAUUCUUCAAUUGUUAUUAAGUGUUUUCUUUCUGGUUGAAAUGCCUGUGUGGUCUUUUCUCAGCAAGUACUGAAUAAAAUGUUAUCCAUAA